AUGAGAUCGGCACUGAAAAACACUUGUACGAGACUUUGCGAGAUCUGCGGUAAAUUAUCUGCCAAUCUUACACAUUUUAAAGCGCACCAACUUAUUCACACGGGCGAGAAACCCUUCGAGUGUUCAAUUUGUUUACAAAAGUUUAGUCAAAAAAUGUCCCUUAUAAGACACAAACAAACUCACACAGGGACAAAACCCUUCAAGUGCUCAGAUUGUUCUAAAACAUUUGGGUACAGAGAUACAAUCAUAAAACACAUACGAACUGCUCACACACAGGAGACACUAUUUGAGUGCAUAGUAUGUCAAAAAGGUUUUAAAACUUCUGGUGAACUGACAAAGCACAAGAGGACCCACACGGGGGAGAUACCUUUCAAGUGCUCAGUGUGUCAAAAAAGUUAUAAAUCUUCAGUUAAUUUCUUAACGCACAUGGGGACCCACACUGGCGAGAAACCCUUCAAGUGCUCUUAUUGUUCCAAAACAUUUAGCAAACAAACGAAUCUCGCACUACAUAGACGGACCCACACAGGGGAUAAAUCCUUAAACUGCCCAGUAUGUCAAAAAGAUUUUGCAUAUUCAAGUGUCUUCAUAAAGCACAUGCGGAUUCACACAGGAGAGAAACCUUUUCAGUGCACAGAUUGUUCAAAAUCUUUCAGCCUAAAAAGCACUCUGACGAGGCACAUCCGAACCCACUUGGGGGAGAAACCGUUUAAGUGCCCAACGUGUGGAAAAGGUUUUACAUUAUCUGGUAACCUUACAAAGCACAUGAUGACUCACACGGGAAAGAAACCCUUCGAGUGCUCAACUUGUUCUAAAACAUUUAGUCAAAAAUCCAAUCUCAUAAUGCACUUACGGACUCACACAGGGGAGAAACCCUAUAAGUGCUCAGUAUGUCAAAAAGGUUUUACAACUUCUAGUAAUCUUGUAAAGCAUACGUGGACCCACAAAGAGGAAAAACCCUAUAAGUGCGCAAAUUGUCCAAAAUCUUUCGGACUAAAAAGUACCCUCAGGGCUCACAUGCGUGUCCACACUGGCAUACCUUUAAGUCACUUCACCAUCUGCCAAAAGCCAUUUAUGUACUCGAGUAAUCUUAUAGUACACAUGAGGACCCACACGGGGGAGCGACCCUACAAGUGCUCGGUGUGUCAAAAAGGUUUUAGAUCUUCUGGUUCACUCGCAGAUCACAUGCGAACUUACACAGAGGAAAAACCCUAUAGAUGUACAGAUUGUCCAAAAUCUUUUAGCCAAAAUGGCAAUCUCAAGAGGCACAUGCAAACCCACACGGGAGAGAAACCGUUUAAGUGCCCAACGUGUGGAAAAGGUUUUACAUUAUCUGGUAACCUUACAAGGCACAUGAUGACUCACACGGGAAAGAAACCCUUCGAGUGCUCAACUUGUUCUAAAUCAUUUAGUCAAAAAUCCAAUCUCAUAAUGCACUUACGGACUCACACAGGGGAGAAACCCUAUAAGUGCUCAGUAUGUCAAAAAAGUUUUACAACUUCUAGUGAUCUUGUAAAGCAUACGUGGACCCACAAAGAGGAAAAACCCUAUAAGUGCGCAAAUUGUCCAAAAUCUUUCGGACUAAAAAGCAGUCUUAGUAUUCAUGUGCGCGUCCACACUGGCAUACCUUUUAGUCACUGCACCAUCUGCCAAAAGCCAUUUAUGCACGCGAAUAGUCUUAAAAAGCAUAUGGGGACCCAUUAA